CGCCAUCAUCGCGCGCCCGCCACUCCUCACCACUCCCACCCCUAUACCCGCGCAUGGUAAUUGCGUAAAUCCGCGCAUUGUUUACCAUCGUCGCCUAAUCUCACAUCCCUCACCUCCCCCUCCUCACCCGCCAUGUCUACCCUCCUCCGCCGAUCAGGUCAUCUAGCGCGAUUAUCCAGACCCUGCCUCAACGCCUCAUCAAGAGCACCGCUCACCCUACGGAGACGAGUACCCAUUCCGCAAUGCAUAUAUGCACAGCAGCGCGCACGGAGAUUUGCAACCGGGCCGCCGGAGGAGCCAAAGAACAGCAAGAAGGAUGAGCAAAUAGAGAAGAAGCAUGGCCAGGCUGAACAGUCUGAGCCAAAUACAGCCGAGAACAGCGGGAAGGAGGCAGAAAGCCAAAUGUCCAAGCUGACGCCCGAGGAGGAGAAGCUAUUAGAUCAACUGGUGUCUUUUGUCUCGAUGGGCGUACCGAAGGCGCAGAAACAGGCCAUCGAGGAGGCAAUGCAGGAGAUCAAGAAGACGGGCAUACCCCCAGAACUGCGGCAGGAAAUGGACCGGUUAGCAAGAGGUGAGAAGCUGGAUCUGGCCACGGCGGCCAAGAUCUCGCGCCUCUCCAGCAAAAUGGCACGCAAGGCCGCCGAGCAGCAGCGCUUCAAGAACGAUGGCACCGAUGCAGAGCCCCAGCAGAAAGCUGGUGCACACGAUCCAGGCCCACAGUCUCGCGGCAAGGACUCCAAGGGCGGCGCUGGUGGAGCGGGCGGCCCUACCCCCAUGUUUGGGGGCAGCAUGGACACGAACACGAUACUUAUCGCCGCCUUCCUCACCUACUUGACGUACAAAAUGCUCUACCCGGGCGAGAAUACAAAGGAAAUCACAUGGCAAGAGUUCCGGACUACCUUCAUGGACAAGGGCCUAGUGGAGAAGAUCGUCAUCUUGAAUGGCAACAAGGCAAAGGUCCAUCUGCACCGCGAGGCCGUCGCGUCCAUGUACCCCGAAUCGCCCUCGGUCAACCAAAACUUCUACUACUACUUCACCAUUGGCUCGGUCGAGGCCUUCGAGAGGAAAAUGGACGAUGCUCAGUACGAGUUGGGUAUUCCCAGCUCCGAGCGCAUCCCCGUCGCCUACUCGAACGAGAUCUCCUGGUUCGGCACAUUUCUCUCCUUUGGACCUACCAUUCUGCUUCUCGGCUCCCUGUUCUACUUCACUCGACGUGCGGGCGGAGGCAGCAGUGGAGGCUCCGGUGGCAUAUUUGGCAUGGGUAAGAGUCGUGCCAAGAAGUUCAACCACGAGACCGACAUCAAGGUCAAGUUUGCCGAUGUCGCGGGUAUGGAUGAAGCUAAGCAGGAAAUCAUGGAGUUCGUCUCGUUCCUUAAGGAUCCCGCCCGUUUCCAGAAACUUGGUGCCAAGAUCCCUCGUGGUGCCAUCCUAUCUGGACCCCCAGGUACCGGUAAGACACUCCUGGCCAAGGCUACCGCUGGCGAGUCAGGCGUGCCUUUCUUCAGUGUCAGCGGUUCCGAGUUCGUAGAGAUGUUUGUCGGUGUCGGUGCAUCGCGAGUACGAGAUUUGUUCGCGAAUGCACGCAAGAGCACACCCUGCAUCAUCUUCAUCGAUGAAAUCGACGCCAUCGGCCGUUCGAGGUCAAAGCAAAAUUUUGGAGGUGGCAAUGACGAACGCGAGGCUACGCUCAAUCAGAUCUUGACGGAAAUGGACGGUUUCAACACGACAGAACAGGUCGUUGUCCUUGCUGGUACCAAUCGACCUGACGUCUUGGACAAGGCUUUAAUGCGACCGGGCCGAUUUGACAGGCAUAUCAACAUCGAUAAACCGACUAUGGAUGGCCGAGCUCAGAUUUUCGGUGUUCACUUGAAGAAGAUCAUCACCAACGAGGACAUGGAAUUCUUGAAGGGCAGGCUAGCUGCCUUGACACCAGGCUUCUCAGGUGCCGACAUUGCGAACUGUGUCAAUGAAGCUGCUCUGAUUGCCGCCCGCCACAACGCCGAAACCGUCACGAUGGUGCACUUCGAGCAGGCCAUUGAGCGCGUCAUUGGCGGUCUCGAGAAGAAAUCCCUUGUGCUCAAGCCGGAGGAGAAGAAGACGGUCGCCUAUCACGAAGCCGGCCACGCCAUCUGUGGCUGGUACUUCAAGUACGCGGAUCCCCUUCUCAAGGUCUCGAUCAUUCCCCGCGGCCAGGGUGCCCUAGGCUACGCACAGUAUUUGCCAAACGGAGACACAUAUCUCAUGAACGUCAACCAGCUCAUGGACCGCAUGGCCAUGACGCUGGGUGGCCGCGUAUCUGAGGAAUUGCACUUCGAAACCGUAACCUCUGGCGCGUCGGACGAUUUCCGCAAAGUCACCCAGAUGGCCACCGCUAUGGUCAGCAAAUGGGGCAUGAGCAAGAAGAUUGGCUACAUCUACUACGAAGAUGACCAGAACGGCCAGCAACUUCAGAAGCCCUUCUCCGAAGAUACUGCGAAAAACAUCGACAUGGAAGUCAAGCGUAUCGUCGAUGAAGCGUACCAGCAGUGCAAGGACCUGCUCACCGAGAAGAAACACGAGGUCGGCCUUGUAGCAGAAGAGUUGUUGACUAAGGAGAUGCUCGGUCGCGAGGACAUGAUACGGUUACUAGGACCCCGACCAUUCGAAGACCCAGCCGACUUCCACAAGUAUUUCUCUGGUGAAUAUGGCAAGGCACCGGGGCUCAUUGAACCCAAGGGCGACGACGGUGUGAAGGGCCCACUAGUACCGCCUGCACCAGCAACAUUCAAGGAUUUAGACGCAUCAAGGUAAUCAAUAGGUAGCAUAUUGCAUUUUCUGUUUCAGUUCAUGAUAUCAAGGCAUGGGCAAAGCAGGUGAAAACGGGCUUUCAUUCCACUCUUCAUCUCUCGUCCCAUGGUUGGGGUGUAUUGUAGCAUAGACUCAUUUAUAUGCCCAGGGAAGAGCGGGCUUUGUAUAGUAGAGCUGCGUGGAUUAGACGCUGCGAUAAUGAAACGCUGCACUGAACAGAUACACUUCAUAUGCUGUAUAAAGCUCAUCCGCGAAGCGUCAUGUUUUCAAUGG